CGGAGCAUUAGGACAGGAUGGAAUGAACCUUUGUAGCCCUUUAAAGGAGCCGCAGCCGAGAAGUGAGGGGAUAGCCGGGGAUAGCCGCGGCGAGCCUCUUCCUCUCUGCUGGAUCUGGGAAAGUUUAGUGGACGGGAUGGCGGUGAGGUGGAGGGGCAUCGCUGGAUGAGGAGCCCCCCUUCCCCCGGAGCAUCUGGACACAAAGUUACCGCCGAGGUCUGGAUACAAAAAGUUGCGGCGCGGAUUCCGGCUACAAAGUCGCAGCGGCAGCGACGAGCUGAAAUGUGAUCUGUCACCUGGGAAAGUCGCAGCCGACACUUGCGCUCUCUAUGCGUUAUUUAACCCUGUAAUCUCCGGCUGCUGCUGAGCUCUAUGGCCAAAGUGAUCCAGAAGAAGAACCACUGGACGGGCCGGGUGCACCAGUGCACGGUGAGCCGGGGCCCCGGGGGGGCGCUGCUGCUGCCGCCGCUGCUGGGGGGCGCCGAGCAUGGAGAGUUCCUCUAUCUGGGGGAGGUGGAGGACCCCCUCAUCUCCUGCUCUGGAGGUCUGCAGGGAGGGGAGCUGCUGCUGGAGGUGGCCGGGGUCCCGGUGUCAGGACUGCCCAGGUACGACCUGCUGGAGCUGGUGAGGAGCUGCGGGGAGCCCGUCCCCAUCACAGCUGUCAGGCAAGGAAGUCGUCUGAACAAGGACCUGAGGCAUUAUCUAAACCAGAGGUUCCAGAAAGCAUCCCCCGAUCAUGAACUGCAGCAAAUAAUCCGAGAUAAUCUUUAUCGCCAUGCCGUGCCUUGCACAACACGCCCACCUAGAGAAGGAGAAGUCCCUGGUGUGGACUACAGAUUUCUGACUAUACAGGAGUUUUUGGCACUGGAACAGAGUGGAACGCUACUUGAAGUUGGGACAUAUGAAGGUAACUAUUAUGGGACACCGAAACCUCCGAUCCAGCCCGUUGAUGGGAAAGUGACUUCCGGUGAUGCAUUGCAAAACCCGUUCUCCGGCGCUAAGCACUCGACCCCUAAACGGACAAAGUCUUACAAUGAUAUGCAAAAUGCUGGCAUAGUGCAUACCGAAAACUACGAAUAUGAGGAUGAGGCCCCUGAAAUGAACAGUAGUUUUACAGCAGACUCUAGUGAACAAGACGAAAAUACAGCCAACAAUCCACAAGAGCCAGCCGCACCACUUGCUCGGAUCCUUCCUAGUUUUCCCACCAUCACGGAAGCUUCUCAGAAGUUGCCUCAAUACCUACCUCCUACUGACGAGGAAAGCCUUGGACUGCUGCCUGAAAACUGGGAGAUGGCCUACACAGAGAAUGGAGAAGUCUAUUUCAUAGACCACAACACUAAAACGACUUCUUGGUUAGACCCACGGUGCCUGAACAAACAGCAGAAGCCUCUUGAAGAAUGUGAAGAUGAUGAAGAAGGGGUCCACACCGAGGAACUGGACAGUGAACUAGAAUUACCUGCAGGUUGGGAGAAGAUUGAAGAUCCCGUCUAUGGCGUCUACUAUGUAGAUCACAUAAACAGGAAAACGCAGUAUGAAAAUCCUGUCCUUGAAGCCAAACGCAAGAAGCAGCUUGGACAGCAGCAGACAGAAGCAACAGAGUGGCCAGGAGACCUCCCACCUCUUGCACCUCCACCCCCUAUUAAUCUUCUUCCCAACAACAUCACACCAAAAAAGAAGGAAACGGCAAGAGACCCUUCCAACCAUGUUAAACCAUUCUUCACCAGAAACCCUUCUGAAUUGAAAGGAAAAUUUAUUAACACAAAACUGAGGAAAAGCACCCGAGGUUUUGGUUUCACUGUGGUCGGUGGAGAUGAACCGGAUGAGUUUCUGCAGAUAAAGAGCUUGGUUCUUGACGGCCCCGCUGCUCUGGAUGGCAAGAUGGAAACCGGUGAUGUUAUUGUCAGUGUAAAUGAGACCUGUGUACUCGGAUAUACCCACGCUCAAGUUGUGAAGAUCUUCCAGUCUAUACCCAUUGGUGAAUGUGUUGACCUUGAACUUUGCAGAGGGUAUCCACUUCCAUUCGACCCUGAUGAUCCCAACACAAGUCUGGUGACAUCGGUGGCCAUAUUGGAUAAAGACCCUAUCAUUGUCAAUGGACAAGAAACAUAUGACUCGCCAUCCAGCAACAGCAGUAAAACUAGAAAAGUCAAUAACUUGAAGGAGCCAAGGCCAAGCAGCCCUGCAGACGUAACUUCGAAUGGUUCCCAUGGUUACCCUAAUGACACUGUCUCUUUGGCUUCCUCUAUAGCAACGCAACCUGAACUCAUUACAGUGCAUAUAGUCAAAGGGCCAAUGGGCUUUGGCUUCACUAUAGCAGAUAGUCCUGGCGGUGGUGGCCAGAGGGUGAAACAGAUUGUAGACAGCCCUCGUUGCCGUGGCCUCAAAGAAGGAGAUCUCAUUGUGGAAGUAAAUAAGAAGAAUGUGCAGACUCUUACACAUAAUCAAGUUGUGGAUUUACUGAUCGAAUGUCCAAAGGGGAGUGAAGUUACUUUGUUGGUGCAGAGAGGAGGACUGCCGGUCCCAAAGAAGAGCCCAAAGUCGCAACCACAACUUGAAAGGAAAGACAGCCAAAACAGUUCCCAGCACAGUGUAUCCAGUCAUCACAGUGGGCACACAGCCUCACCCCUUCGUGGUGCCCCAAUUGUUCCUGACUAUCCAACCAGCGAGGCACCAUCUGUGGACCAAGGUGACGGCUUAGGACAGAAAAAGCCUGAUCCAUUUAAAAUCUGGGCCCAGUCCAGGAGCAUGUAUGAAAGUAGACUUCCAGAUUUUCAAGAGCAUGAUAUCUUUUUAUGGAGGAAAGAGACUGGCUUUGGCUUCAGAAUUCUUGGAGGAAAUGAGCCAGGGGAACCAAUCUUCAUAGGUCAUAUUGUGCCUCUGGGAUCGGCGGAUGCAGAUGGCCGCCUGAGGUCCGGAGAUGAACUUAUAUGUGUGGAUGGAACAGCUGUGGUUGGAAAGUCACAUCAACUUGUAGUUCAGUUAAUGCAGCAAGCAGCCAAACAAGGUCACGUCAAUUUAACCAUUAGGCGCAAAGUUGUUUAUCCAGUCCCCAAAACAGAAAAUGAUGUCCCUGCUUCACCAGCAUCUUCCCACCAUAGCAGUACCCAACCCGCCUCUUUAACAGAGGAAAAACGCACACCGCAAGGCAGCCAAAACUCGCUAAAUACAGUCAGCUCGGGCAGUGGCUCCACCAGUGGAAUCGGCAGUGGUGGAGGCGGCGGCGGCGGCAGUGGAUUAGUCAGCACAGUGAUUCAGCCAUAUGAUGUAGAAAUUCGUCGUGGUGAAAAUGAAGGCUUUGGAUUUGUCAUUGUUUCCUCUGUCAGCAGGCCAGAAGCUGGAACUACAUUUGCUGGAAAUGCAUGUGUGGCCAUGCCUCAUAAAAUAGGUCGGAUAAUAGAGGGAAGCCCAGCUGACCGAUGCGGCAAGCUCAAAGUGGGAGACCGGAUACUGGCCGUUAAUGGAUGUUCCAUCACCAACAAGUCGCAUUCGGACAUUGUCAACUUAAUCAAAGAAGCGGGAAACACUGUUACUCUACGCAUCAUUCCUGGGGAUGAAUCCUCUAAUGCUUCGUUAUUGACCAACGCCGAAAAAAUCGCCACCAUUACGACCACGCACACGCCUCAGACGGUGGCCCAGGAAACAAUGAACAAUGCAAAACCAAAGCAAGAGCCGCCAUAUGAAUUUAAACCUCCACCCACUACACAGUCUGAUCAAGAAUUGUACGCAGUAGAACUCGAUAGAGGAGCUAAAGGAUUUGGGUUCAGCCUACGAGGAGGCCGGGAGUAUAACAUGGACCUUUACGUUCUGCGUCUUGCAGAGGAUGGACCAGCGGAGCGGUGUGGGAAGAUGAGGGUUGGUGAUGAAAUUCUGGAAAUCAAUGGGGAGAGCACAAAGAACAUGAAGCAUGCUCGGGCAAUUGAACUAAUAAAAAAUGGCGGCCGACGAGUGCGUCUGAGUCUGAAACGUGGGGACGGUUCAGUGCCAGAAUAUGAACCCAGCAGUGACAGGAACAGCCCCACAGCCAGCUCACAAAAUCUUUCGAAAAUGAACACACUAUCAUCUGAAAGACAUCUCAUGCCAUUGGAGUUCAAUUACCCACAAAAUACUCACAAAUCAUUACAACAUGGGGAAAAACGGACUUACGUGAAAGACCCUAAAGGCAACAGGGACUACAGACAACGCAAUGACCAUCACACUUGGAAUGGGUCCUCUAAAAAUUAUUUUCUACAAAGUAACCGCAGAGACAAGUCCCCUGAGACAAGACAUCCAAGACCAGGGGGAAAAAUGGUGGUUAAUGGACAGAAAAACAUGUCUCCCGAGAAAAGAACUGAAGGAACAAGGAGCAAUGAAAAUACUUUAGAAAGAAAAGAGAGAGAGAGGUAUGAACGAAGGAGAGAUGAUUCUCCUCGAAGAACAAGAGAAAGGUCACCUGUACGAAAGAGGGAUGGGUCACCUAGCCGAAGAAGAAAGUCACUGGAUCGAUUUAUGGAUACAAGAAGAUCACCUGAUCGAAGAAGAGAGAGUUCUCCUGACAGGAGAAGGGCAAAGUCAUCUGACAGAAGAAGGGAAAGAUCUCCUGAUAGAAGAAGAGACCGCUCACCUGAGAGGAGAAAGGAGAAGUCCCCAGAGAGAAGGAGCCGAGAUCAAAAAUCUGGCAACAAAGAUCGUGAUGAUAACAGUCUGAAAUAUGACACGAUGAGAAGUUCUAAACAUUCCUCAACACAGCGGAGGAGAGCCUAUAAGGAAUGUAGCACAGAUCUCAGUAUCUGAUACAUCUGAUGUCACAUUCUGUUAUCUAAGGAGGCUUUGAGAACAAAAAAUUCUUAAUAGUGUCUUACUGAUACACCCAACACCUAACGAUCCUAAAGUUCCAUGAAAUGUUUUAUGCAGAUGAAACCUUACUACAGAGUGAUGUGCCUGAUGUAUAUUAAAGAAAGUAUUUUUGAUGUAUCUUUUUUUAAUUUAUUUGCCAAAUGUAAACCCCUAAGGGAUAUAACAUGUUCUUCAAGAAGCUAUUUUAUUGACAAUGUUCAUUUAUGGACUUUUAUUUCCAGAGAUUUCUUCUGUGGAACAUGUUCAUGGCACUGGAAAGCAAACCACAAUUUUUAUUUUUUUCUUGGUUUUUAUUUUGGGUUGUUUUUUGGCCAGGCUUUAUUAACGCGUACAUAUUUUCGACUGUUAAUUAGUUACUUGCAAUUGAUUGAAUUAUGAUUAAUUGAACUAUGAAUUAUGGUUACAUUGGCCGAUGGUGGGAGCUAUUAAAAUGUAGAAGACUUGAUCGAAAAGCAGGGAGGCAACUAAGAGAAGAUACCCGAGACUACUAUUGCAAUGAGGGACGUAUACAAGCACACUUCACUCAAGGAUACUUAUAUCGCUGUUUUUGGUUUGUUAGGUGGACCUGUAGUGCUCGGGAUAUCAUUCCCAAAAGACACCUGCUAAAAACGACUUGCCAUAGAACAUAGCAUAUAAAUACAUGGCUGUAGGGUCUAUUAUCAGCCAAUAGUCCAUUGUGCUACAGCUCCUGUCCUUACAUAUAAUUUGUUCUUAUGUUUUUGCGUUUUUUUUUAUGUACAGUGGAGAUCUAUGGUGUUCCGAUGGAAAUGAUGAGGUAUACAGUUCACAAUGCAUGGUCUAAAAAUCAAAUUUUUCUUUUUCAUUGUAAGUCUUCUACAGCAGCUGUUAUCACGUCUGCUGUGUAUCCAUGGUCCAAGACAAUAUUGCGUUACUGCCUAGCUGAGCCGAAAUGUCUGCCAUCGCUCUGAAUCUGCUGCUUUUACAGUGCAUUUGUGUAAAAAACAAAAAACAAACAUAUUUUCAUAAGGACACGAAUGAGCAUUGCAAGUCUAUCACUGUUGUUGCUAUGGUACUGUACAAAAAAACGGCCAAUCAUUGUGUGUACAGAGUUGAAAUUGUAAUUAUUCAAGCUUGUUAAAAUGACAAAAUGACUUUUUUCUGUGUAAAAAAGAUACUUUAUGACGAAAAAAAAAUAAUCAUGCAAGGAAUGUGAUAAGUGUUUAUAUUUCUGAGAAUGGAGAAAAAAUUAUGAAUCGGGGAUAUAUUUUAAUGUAAACUGAAUCAGGUAUGUAAAGGUGUAUUUUCUUUUUUUCGAAAUCAGAAUCCAUACCAGUAAUUUGGAAGAUUUCUUUUUUUUUUUUUCCCAUUUUUGAGACCAGGACUUGGUUACAGCAUUGUGGACCUCCAUGAUAAAGCACUUGUAUACACUCUUCAAUCAUCAUAUCUUGUACCUGAUCCAUGGCGUUCUUCUAUAUCUUGAUGAAAAGAGGUUUGUGGGCCAAUCUUUGUUUCAAUACUAUGCAUAGAUCGAUUCAACACUGUCCAUACCAUUGCUUUAUUUAACGUUUGGGAGUUGAUACAUGACAUUGAUUUGAUUGAAGCUGAUUGUGGACUUUGCCAGUACAGGCUUCCUUACCUGGGACAGAACACAAUGUAUGUAGCUAGACAAGCAAGUCUGUGAAUGCUAUUUUUAUUAUAAAUAAAGUUUUCAAUACAAAAUUA